AUAUACCGCUUUAGGAACCAACUGAUACUACUGAAUAGUACCACUCAGACCAAAGUAAACUUUAUUUAGAGUUCAGAUCUUCCUACUGAGCACAAAAUUUGAAAAUAAGCAUUUCUGUCCAUGUAGAAAAUGAUGGUCAUACUCCACUGGAUGGCAGUGUAUACGAAAAUAAACUUUUCUAUGCAUAAUCUACAAAAUAUUCAUUCCACUGGGUUACGGUUUGAUUGUUUCAUCAAAUAUCAAUAGUGUAGUUUUGCUACACAUGUGAUAAAUGCAUACAUCAAGAAAAAGGAAGAUAUUUUCAUCAUAAUACAUUGAUUCACUGUGAGUACAACUACGCUGCUAGUCUACAAAGUUAACUAACCAUUUUACUUACAUGAGCAUGCUGUCAAGUUAAGUGACCUCGAUUAUGAAGUUCAUCUGCAUACCCAAUGUGUUUGUUAUGGGCUACGCUACAAUGUUAAUCAAUUUAUUUUGUUUAAAUGUAAUUUAUUCUAACCAAAUUUCAGCAGGAAUUAAUCUCAUUUCUAAUGCCAAACACGAUGAUAUUGAUACUGUUGACGAUGUUGACUUUAUUCAAGGUUCAACAACGCAAACAUUGAAACCUGAACAUUUGAAAGUAGUGAAAGCUGGAGAGAAGGAUGCAAUUAGUAGAUUAUAUGGUGAUGAAUCAGUCAUGGAGUUACACAAUGACAUUCUUCACUUGAAAACACCUUCUACAAACUUUAAUCUAAAAGCCUACGAAUCUAUAUCAGAAGAGGAAGUACAGUAUCCAGAUAUACCACAAUAUAUUAUACAACCACCACAAAUACUUUACACAUCAAAAUGGCAGCCAGCAUUAGUUCAGUGUGUAGCUGAACCAGUUAUCUUAUUGUAUAUAGUCUGUGUAACUAAUCCAACCAACUCGAAUGCACGAUAUGAUUAUGGGACUGAAAACGUUGGAUCGCCAGUUUAUCAAGCCAAUCAAAAAUUCAAACAUCAUGGAGAGUUAACAGAUUUAAAUUUAACUCAAAAUUCAACUGUCAAUAAUAAUAAUAAACAAAAUCGUAAAAUGGCUAUUCGUCUAAUUGAUGAAAAUACUGUUGAAGAAUGGUUUGGUGAUUACUGGUGUCAAUGUGAAGCAUGGAAUAAUAUCUUAAGUUUAGGUGAACCACGUGUAAAAAUCAGUAAUCAAACGCAUGUACGUAUUGCAUAUUUAAACAAACGUUUUUUAAAACAGCCUGAAUCAACUAGAAUACCUCUUGGAUGGACGGUAGAAUUCACAUGUGAACCGCCUGAUGGCAGACCAAUACCAAAGGUCUAUUGGAUGAAAAAUGGACGCAAACUUAAAUAUACUAUUGCUCAGGAUCGUAUAAUAAUAUCUGAAAUGAACUUAUCAACAGCGAAAAAAGACAUUCUUAAUAAUUAUGAAGUAGUGAACCAUGAAGCAUCUGUUAACUACUCAGGAUUAAUUAGUCGUUUAAUGAUAAGAAAUACAAAUCUAGUAGAUGAAGGUAUCUAUACAUGUGUGGUAGAAAAUCAAGCAGGACGACGUGUAUCAUCCAAUGCUCAGCUUACAAUACACACUGAUGGACAUUGGUCAUCAUGGUCUUCAUGGUCAGACUGUCCAAGUGAAUGUGCAAUAUCUCCACUGCAGACGGUGCAUAAGAUAUUGAAUCAUAGUAACCUUUUCGGAUCUAACGACAAAUCAACUUGUCCUCCUCAGUGUCGUCGGUCAUUUGGACAGCGUACAAGAUGGUGUAAUGCUCCGGAACCGCAUGGUGGUGGAAGAAAAUGUUAUGGAGAAAAUUUAGAACAUUUAUCUUGCUAUGAUAUAUGUUUAGAUAAUCUAACAAAUUCAAUUCAUAAUCAUCUUCAUGAAGAUUUUUCAAUAAACGAUAAUACAAGAGUUAUCACACCUUCAGAAUAUGGAUUACUAUUUGGCUUAGUACUGGCCAUCCUGUCUUUCUUAACAGCUGCUAUGAGUGUACUUUACAUAUUUGCGCAUAAAUUGUGUCCAACCAUAACAAAAUUCUUGACAACUGAACCGAUUAAAUCAAUAAACCUCCUACAUUCAUCAUUCAAAUGGCCAAAGUGUAAAACGAAUGAGAAUAAUUGUCUAACAUCGAAUUCCACGUCACUUAAUGUCAUGAAUUCAAUGAAUCAAUUUAUUGAAUAUAAAAGUGAAAUUGUUAGCCCCAUAAAUCACAGCCAAACGUAUUUACAAGAAGACUGUCAACAGUCAUUACACUAUGACUGCGUCAGUUUGAUGCCAUUGAAUGGGUGUGGUAGCAAAAAUAUGAUAUCAUUGAAUCAUAUCUAUGCAGAUCACACUAUCCGUCCCCGGAUAAGACCUCCUCUAUAUCGCACACAUUAUAAUGGCGGAGGAAAAGUUUAUCAGUUCAAUGACGCUAAAUACCGUAAUUCAAUAAGUCAAUUCCGUAUGGAUUUCGUCUAUGAAUCCAAUCCUCAAGUUAGUGUUUAUAAUAACCAGAUCAGUACAGCAAAUACCUCCAGAUUACCACUUCAUCUGACGCAUAGUCAUAGUAUGCACAUAAUCAACAAUUUAAAAGCCAUGCAAGAAUCUCUUAAUCCAAUUACUCCUGUUCCUUACAAUCCCAAUGAUAUAUCUUACCAAGCAGAAAUGUUACUCUCCUCCAGAGAUUCACUUCAUACUUCACUUACUAAUCAAAGACAUAUUUUCCUUCCAAGAACAACACAUAUCAAUUUAGAUAGUGUCAUUCCUUAUUUUUCAGUAGCUUUAUCAAAUGAUACCAAUGAAAACAAUCAUUAUUUAACGUUAUCUAAUCAGCAAAGGAUAACAACCAAUCUUAUUCAACCAGUUAUGCCUACCUCUUCGAUUUCAUCAUGUGAUACAACUGGAAAGACUUGUGAAUACUUGUAUAUACCUUCAGUAACUUAUGACUCAUCCGGAUACAUGAAUUUGUAAAUACCUAAGAGUGGAUGAAAAUUUUGUGAUAUCAGUGUGCCACAAAGAUUUAUCAUUUACUGAAUUGUGCGCACAAAAAAUGUCAAACAAAAACGAAUCUGAAUUAUAUGCAUUUUAUUCAUUUACUACUUGCAGAUUUUUAAGUAGUAUGAUUUUUGUUUCGUAAUAUUGUUUGUACAGACAAAUACUUCACCUUUAUUGGUUGUCACCGUUGUUCGUUUAUUUGUUUGUUGUUCUAUCGACUGAGGUUCAGUUUGUGGUAGUGAAAUAAAAUUUGAGAAUAUGCAUUGAAAUUCGCUUCCAUCAGUUUAUGAGAUCAAAUCUGUGUCAAAUUCCAUGUUAAUUUACUUCCUGGGUUUUUUACUCAGAGAAAGAGUAUUAUUUCCUAGACGUUCCGAACAGCAUUUAAUUUUCAUGUUCACCUCUUGUUAUUAUAGUUCCUUUUCUCCUUCUCACUCUCUCCUUAUACAGGUAGUAGAAUUUGCUAAUCACCUGGGAUAGUUGUUCUAUGUUGGCUCGAUAAACAAAGCUUCAACCACCAGUCUUUCCCUGCACCCUGGUAAAUUUUUACUUAGGACUGUCGCUUUGUCCCAUCCUAUCAUGUGACUGUAUGUGAUCGCAUACAACGCUAUGGCUUAUUUUUUAUCUAGAUUCUUUAUCUGAUUAGGGUCUGCUAUCCAAGAUUUAGUCAAGCUUUUGUGCUCUGUUAUUCUAAUUGACCUCGGUCGAUUACUUUGACCUACUUACUUGACCUUACAAUUGAUGCAUAGAAUUUGAUAAACUAGAUUAUUUUGUCUGAUAAGCUCUAUAGGAUCCUCUAGACUGGAAAGCCUGUAUCCGAGUUUAAAUUCCACCUUGAUCCUAGACCUGUUGAGAAUUAUGAGUAAAUUUUCUGAUGUACCUUCCUUGUAUGGUAGCACCUGGAGCGUUUUGAAUUAUCGUUUCUUAGUGUCGCCGUUAUUAGUAAGCGUAUUAAUUAUGUUUGUUUUACGCGUCUUUUUCUUACAAUUUCUCACAUAUUUUGGAUCAAGAUGCUAGGGUAGUUACUGAGUAGUAACGUUUCUUUACUCUGUCUUAUUUCCUGGCACAUAAUAAGAAUAACUCGAAACCCAUUCCACGUAUUUGGAAAAUUCUACUCCCCAUGUGACAAAUGAGGGAAAAGAAACAAAAGCAUAAAAAUAAAAUAUGGAGUUCUUUUUUAUAUGAGCAUGACGAGUAAAUUCUGUUCAAAAGCAUCAUCUAUCAAAUGAUACAGUUUUCCUAUGCAAAAUAUCCAACAAACAAGUUAACAUGGAACUAGACUCUACUACAGUACGAAGUUCUGCUCUUACAUUCAUAAAUCCAUGUCUGCUUUCAUGGGGUGUGAAAAUAAAUCUUAUUUC